UUAUCGGAAGAGCUGAUGAUAAGUUAAAGAGGUAACCCAGCAAUGGCACUCGGAAGCCCGGGUGUGGAAGAAACACAUCCCAGUUGAAGGGCGAGAGAGGGAAACGAUUGUGAAGAGAAAGGAAUCCGAUUGAUGGGUAGCAGAAACAUUCCUUGCUUGCAAUUUUGGGCGCCGAUUGGAAUCCCACCUUGGCAUCUCUCUUCAGCAAUGGUUUCUCCACCGGAAUAUAACCAAGAAUUGAGCCCGGAACUGUUUUCUUUCUGGGAGAAAGAAACGGGUGUUUGGGUGUUGUUGUGUUUGGUAGACCAUUAAUAAUGGAGAUGGGGCUGGUUGUGUUGUUGAGAGCGGCAUGGCUUGCCGGGAUGUUGCCUAUGCUCGGCCAAUGGUUGUUCGGUUUUGCCAGGCGAGGAAACACCACGCGUUCACCUUCAAAUAAAUUCACCGUGCCUCUGAAAUUCGUCUCUCAUUUUUAUGCAUUGGCCGUGGUGUGGACAACAUUCUUGCUGAUCACUACCUGGUUUUAUGUAUCUCAAGACGCUUCAUUAUUGGUCUCUCGGCCAUCAUACUCCACUAUACUAAAGUAUUUGACUGGUGGUUCAAAUAUAUUUUCUUUCCACAAGUCUCAUCGGAGCAUGGUCGUGCAUGGAUACGAGGUUUGGCAAUCUAUAAUAUUGCUUUUGUUGAUGGAAAUUCAAGCAUUGAGACGCCUUAUUGAGUCAAUAUAUGGAUUUGAGUAUGGACCCUCUGAUCGGAUGCACAUUUUUGUCUACCUAAGUGGCUUACUUUUCUACACCGCAGCACCACUUUCACUUUGCUGUACAGUGGCUCCAGAGGUCUUUAAAUUUGCAGCAAGCCAGGUUGCUGAGUUCAUUGUGAAAGGAAAGGAUCAUACUCCAGCCUUUGAUUUUGAUUGGUGGGUGUUCGUGAGUCUUUUUAUGAAACUUAAAUGGUACUCAUGGACUGGAGUGGCUACAUUUUUGUGGGGUUGGUAUCAACAGCUCCAAGCCCUCGCAAUUUUUAGCUUCUUGUCAGAGUCCUUUGAACAAGCUGAUUCUUCUUAUGACAAUUGGUUAGAUCUUGUUUUGUCUCCGCACUACGAAACUGAUAUUGUUAUGUAUGCCAGUUUUGUGAUUGUGAGUAGGGGUGCAGACCUCACAAUCUGGUUACUUUUCGGUUUUGUGGCGGCAAGUCUCGCAGCAUACAACAGAAAAAACAGAAGGUUGUAGUAGGAUUGCAAAUGAAUCGAGCCUUUCAUAAGCUAUUCAGUGUUCAAUUAGAUUAAAACUAUUUCGAGUUCAUUCGUCGAAAUAAACGAAUCAAGUUUGAACCUAAAAAGAUCCUGUUUACUUUUUCUUUCUGAUAUUACGUCUGUUCGGGACGACACUGAAGAAAGAUCCUAUAUACAUGGGCAUAUCCAAUCAAGUCGAUUUGGGCAUUGUGAACUUUGAGAGCCAUUUAUUGCAGAAGUUUCAGUGAACUAAGUUCAGAUUUUCAAGCUUUGUUGAGUAGGUCAUAAAGAAGGGCGAUCCAUUUUGGCUGCAAUCCAAUGCUCUAGACAGCAUAGCGCUACCUUGAGUUUUCAGCUGAUUGAUGAAUAAAGUUGCGUUCUCUUUGUUUUUUAA